AUUAAAGCAUGAACACGUGACUUGAAUACGCACUCUCCAUUGGCUACAUCCUUGAACCCGUUUUAUAAUAAGUUUUAAUGUGUUCAGGGUGCAAAAAUUGAUUUUUUGUUGUUGUUGCAACCAUGCAUUUUUUGCUUUACUAAUGCACAGCUAGCCAAUCAUCGGGUUAUUAUGUACUUAUGCAUGAUUGAUAAAAAUCUAUUUUUCGCCCAAAAAAUCCACUAUUCUAUAAAACAAAUGAUACACAGUUUUGUUCAUGCAUUUUUAGGAUUAGUGAGCAUAAGGUAACUAUGGAAACUAGUCUGAACCUAUGAGGUGCAGCUGAGUGGGUUUAACAGUUCCAUAGUUACCUUCUGCUCACAAAACUUACCGAUGCACUCAUAUCUGUGCAUCAUUCAUAUAAUACAAAUUGAAGAUAAGAUACAUCCAGUCAUAUAUAACCUACAACUGUGAUGAUGAUGAUCUGAAUUAAAACAAGCAUUACACUUAGCAAUCUUUAUCACUGACACUUCAAGAUAUUAUGCUUGCUUUACAUUUUCUACCCCUGAAGUUAUUUGCGAUGCUGGUUCCCUUGACUGGUGGGAUGCGAUUGUUGGACUUGGCAGACAGAGCUAAUACGCAAGGGAUAACUGAGGCUUGGCAUCAAGACUGAAAACACAAUUUUCCUGGAUUGUAUCGGUCCAUUAUCUGGCCCAUCACCUCAAGCUCACUGCUGGAGACACAAUUAAGGAAGUGCACUAAGUUAAAGAGAUCAUUGACAUGCUUGAAAUUAUCUACAAGGUCUCCAAAAAUGUGGCGGGAAUUGAGAGAGGUAAGUGAUCUAAUGGAAAGCCAAAGUGCUGAAGCCACAAAGAACGCAAGGGACCCACUAGCUUACCGAUCUGAGACAUGCCCUCUAAAUACAGUCAGUCCGCAAGCCCGUAUGCUAAUGAGCAAAACCGUCAAAUUUAUCCAAGUCCUCUCGUACAUUCUCGGACAUUGUUCGAGUCUCGCAGUUUGCGAGACAAUUCCACUGCUGAGUUUGUAACGCGAUGUACAAAACUGUGUGCACAUUUUCUUCGAAAUGUUGGGGUAUCCCCAGCAUCAGCAGGCAUCGCUUCAAGGAAAAGUCCAUAUCUAUGGUGAUUCUAUUUUUCGGGAUCUGCAAGACAACCUAGAAAGGCUAGAUUUUAAUUGUGAAGUUUUCGUUUUGCCUGGUGGCACGGUGUCAUCUUUAAGGACAUUCAUUAGAGACAAGGACAUUUUUGACGUCGAAGACGUGGAAGUCGUUUUGUUACAUAUAGGAACAAACAAUUUGUCAAAGAAUGUGUGGGAUUGGGACAAAAAAUCCUACACAAAAUUAUAUACGACUGUUCGGGAGAGGUAUCCCUCAUCAAAAAUAAUUUUUAGUGCAAUUCUUCCCCGUUGGGACUGCGAACUAUUGUACGAGGCCAGUCUUUUUUACAAUCUACAUCUCCACUCUCUUACUACUUCUUUCUGGAACUGUUCUUUCUUGGAUUUUUCUUCGCCCUUUUGUCUUUAUGACGAUCUUUUUGCAUAUGAUGGACUUCAUUUAAACUUUUUUGGAAAGAGGAUAUUUUCCGAAGAGGUACGAAAAGGAAUAGUGAAGUCGAUACAACCCAGUACAGGAAGGAAGUAUGUACCGCCCGAGUUAAAGAAACUGUGGACACCUCGCCCUCUGAGGAAAAAGAAGCAGAACGAGUCACUGCCAUCAUGUCAGAAGACACGGGAAAAUACAUGUACACCUCCUCCGCCAUCUCACCGGGAUGAGUCUAUCCCAAUAUCAUCAUCCCGGCUACCAAUGUCCCCUCCAUCAUCUCGCGAGACCCAGUCACACUCAACAUCAGCUAGCCAGACUUGUCUUACUGCCAUGCCAUCCUCUUGCCAGUCUAAUAACUCUCAAACAUCAUCUCCCAAGUCCUUUCACCGUUCAUCAAAGAAUCGAAAGAAACGUAGAGGAAGAAAUUGCCGCGCUUUGAGAAUGGAUUUAUCUUGCCGAAAUACCCAGCCAAGCAACCAGAUUAUCUCCCACUUCCACCUAACCAACACAGGCCAAAUACAAGCAUGCUGUACUUCAUCCCCUACGUGCGAUUUCCUUUGCCUCCAAAGGUUUCAUACAGUUUCGAAGACCUUCCCAGACCUCAUUCUGGAUAUGUUCGUACCAAGAUUCAUCUCCGGUUAAAGAAAAGUCGAAUGAGAUCAAGUAAACGAAAGAGAGACAGAAGAAAGAUGGACCUUUUCUACUCAAGCUACUGCUGCCAUAGUCUUCUGUUGGGGUGAGGCCAUGCGGAAAAGACAAAUGUGGUACCUGCACACUCUGUAAUAGACAAUCAACGAGGUACUGUCACAUUAGUGGAAUAAAUUCUCAAGAUCUGAUUGAUAAAAUACAUGAACAUUUU